AUGCUUUCACUUAUCUGGGUACUCACCUUUCUACCUCUCAUAGUCUGCGAGACACCCUACGUUCACCGAUUCCUCGUCAGAGAAAAUACAGCCCCUGGUACUCUCAUCGGCCAACUCAAUGUCCAACAUCAGAAGUCUUUCACUAGCCUUGCUGGGAAACCGAUCGCCGAUUACAUACUGAUUCAUACGACAAAUGGAAGCAUCCUGACAAUUCAAUCAAUCGAUAGAGAGGUGAUCUGUGAAAAUGACGAAUCUGCAAAUAUUUCUCUAAUUUCUCAACAUUUUGAUAAUCCAUCUUGUGAGGUUGCUUUCCUUGUUCAUAUAACCACAAGUGAAGAAAGUUUCCUGGAAACUAUUUAUUUAUCAAUCCUUGAUGAAAAUGACAACGCACCCUCAUUUGAGCCAUCAACCACCACAAUAUCAAUUCCAGAAUCCUCUCCAAUCGGUGGGCUCUUUUACCUCCCUUCUGCUAAGGACGCUGACCUCGGUAACAAUGGAAUAGUUAGCUAUCAUCUCAAUAGAGUUCACUCUGUUACAAAUCCCCAGAACUGCCCGCCUUACACAGCUAAUGAGGACAUGCACUUCACUCUAGCAAUGGCAGAGGAUCAUACUCCUCAACUGAGACAAAUUGGUGAAUUGGAUUAUGAGAAAUUCCACAACCUCUACUACUGUCUUCACGCUUACGACGGAGAAGGACUAGUGGGUACUCUUUUAGUGGACGUUGAGAUCAAAGAUGUGAACGAUAAUAGCCCACAGUGGACUGGUCUGCCUUAUCAUAUUCAUCUUCCGGAAUGUAUUCAUCAACAACAGCAGUCUUUAUGGAAAACCAGUGCUGAGCUACGAUCGUUUCUUCGUGUCAGUGGCUUUGGGUACGAUACUCCUUUUCGAUUCCUCAUUCAGUUGACAGCAGUUGACGCAGACAGUAAGGAGUAUGGUCAAAUUAAAUAUAGUGUUAUUCCCAAGAAAUCCGAUAGUCCUGUAGGUUAUAAAACUGUUGUACAUAGAGAUAAGGUGUACAUUAUUGGACACUUGGACUAUGAAACAGAAUCAAAGUUCUCUAUUGCGGUUGAGGCAAGGGAUGGCGGAGGUUUGACUAAUGUGACAAAUAUAGAAGUUACACUUGAAGACUGCAACGAUAAUACACCCAGAAUAACUGUCACGUCUUUAAGUCCACUACCUCAAGAAAAUCUUUCGGAUUGGAGCUACUACAGACAUACGGAUAUUUGGAUGCCAGAGGAGGAUGAAAUGGAGAUUAAACUCGCAACAAUCACGGUAUCGGAUGCAGAUACAGGGGACAAUGCUGCUAUCGGUUGUGACGUGGAAUGGAAUAACCUAAUCGGAUCGAAUCCUUUCACUCUAAUACCACUGAAAACUCCAUCAGCUGCAAUCAAAGUACCUACCGUGUUUAUCCUUAUAAAGAAGAGUGGGGUGAAACUAGAUAGAGAAGUAACGUCAAGAGUUCAGGUCACCAUUAUCUGCGCCGAUCGAGGUCAUCCCCAAGCCAACAUAGCUCGCCAAACAAUCGAUAUUGGCAUCUGGGAUAUUAAUGAUAAUCUGCCAAAGUUUCGAAGUAAUUUAGAUAUUGGAGUUCAGGAGAAUAAACCUGAAGGAACUGUUGUUGGCUAUAUACAAGCAAAUGAUAUUGAUUUCGGUGUAAAUGCAGUUCUUAAGUACACCAUUAAAUCAUGCGAUUUAAAUGAUUCGGACUUAUCAUUUAGAAUUGAUGAACGAACCGGAAAGGUGACAACUCUGGGACCUCUCGACAGAGAAGCCAUAUCAUAUUACUGCGUCACAGUAAUGGCAACAGAUGGAGGCAAACCACCGCUUAGUUCCUCAACCAAUGUCAAUAUAUCCGUAUAUGAUGUAAACGAUUCGCCUCCUGUAUUUCAAGGAAAUUGGAACGAGUCAGGAAGAAUCGUAUUAGAAAUACCCGAAUCCUUUGAUCAAGAGAGACUUAUUGAUAGAUUUCUUGGCCAGAUUAACGUGACCGAUCAGGAUAACGGAGCAAAUGCAACUUUAGAUUUCUCUAUUAAACAGCCAACAGGUACCUACUGGCAAGGAAACGCGCCGGCCUAUUUUCGGAUAUCCCGAAAAGGGCAACUAUAUGUUGAUGGAGUUCUUGAUCGCGAAUUUCAGAAGGAACAUGAAUUUACGGUGAUUGUUUCAGACAGUGGGCCUUUACAUCAACGUCUGACUUCAGAAAUAGGGGUAACAGUUCGCUUAAUGGACCAAAAUGAUAAUGGCCCCGUCUUCACUGAACCCCCAGGUCUAACUAAGGCUCCUCAUGCUGGAGCAGCUACAGUAAAUAUCACCCAUGAUGUACCUGUAAAUUCUUCCGUGCUACGAAUAUGUGCCAAAGACAAUGACCUUGAAGAAAACAGCAAAAUAAACUUUACUCUACGCUGCGCGAAAUAUCUGAGGCCCUAUUUUGAUAUCGGUCCAAUUGAAGAUGUGAUGAAUGAAGAAAAGUGCACUCAUCUAAUUUUGAUCAAGCCUCUAACAGAACUGAUAAAGAGCAGCAGUUUGAAACACGCAAGAUCUCCCGUAGAACACCAGAUUUACGUCACAGUCAUGGAUCUGGGUUCGAAUCAAUUUAGUAAGACAGCCAGAAUACGUCUGUUUAUUGGAGAUGGUUCAACAACUACUGCCCCACUUAUCCAUAAUAAGUCUCAAGAGCACAAUAAGUUAAAUGGAACGACUGCUAAACAUGCUUGGACUCAUGGUGGGGAUGAUAAGAAACAAGAUUACCAAACAACUGACAAGGAUGUCAAAUUGAACAGAACUGCACAAGAGAAGAUAGGCGGGGAUUCAAACUCACUUUUGGGUCAAUCAAAAGCAAAGUAUCUCUUCAUCGUGGCUGUAGUUAUUUUUGCCAUGUUUAUUGUGGUUCUUGGACUGUUGACCUUCCUUUUCAUUCGGGAUUUCCCCUCCAAGAGGCAGGACUCAGGAGGAAGGAAUGGAAAUAAUCUUCAUUACUCCACGUGCCAGACGAUGCCGAUUGUCUACACAACCGACUAUCCGGAAGGUUAG